AUUUUUCCAACAAAAAAUAUACCCGCUCUUAAAAAGGGCGGGUCAAAAUCUAGUUCCUUUUAAUGUUUUUUGGGCAAAUAAUUAGUUACGUUCUUUUAGUGUUACGUUUUUUUUUUUGUCAUCUGAUGGAUUAUAUUCAAUUUUAAACAGAGGAUACAUCAAACCAGCAAGACAACAAGUCUUCCGAAGCCAAAAGCUAGCGUAGUAAACAAUACUACGCGGAGCCAAGUUAAAAAAACAGGAAAGAACAACACAAAAGCUAAAAGACACGACUCAAACCCAAACAUUGAAGAAACAGAUCGGACUGUUAGCUAAUAGAGAACCGUUGCUGUUGUAGACUGCGCCUUCUCCUCCUAUGCGCCUGUACUCCACUAAUCUCCUCCAACUCCAACUUAAACUUGCAAUUGGACUUUGAAAGGACUCAUCACGCGCCUUCAACGCGACUCCACUCUACGACAAGGUUCCCGAGCCUUACUCAACACGAAUCUUCUCCAUACAGUCGGUAACCGUUAGCCAACCACCACAGGCAAUAGAUCUGUUGAGAUCUAUGUCCAUAGCUUCCAGAUCUGAACCUCUUCACUUCAAUCCGAAGACAUGAAGCUUAUGUUCGGAUUUAAGACCAUCUAGACUAACAAAGAGAGAAAAGAACAAAAAACAAAGCAAGUAAAAACUCGACUCCGAUGCUGGGGGAGUCACCGGAGUCGCCGGCCGUCAAACCCUAGAUCUAGUUUUCGUAGAGAGAAGAUGGAGGAAAAGAGGAGAGAGGAAACUUCAAAACUUCCCAAAUUGAAUAUCUUAGUGUUACGUUCUAUAAUCUAUUCAUUCUCUCCGAAUUUCGAAAUUGUAUAUUACCUCUAUUAAAUGACUUCAGGGCCAGGCAAUUACUAAAAUCCAUUAGUAUGUGUUUUAUUCUCUCAAUCUAAGAGCUCGUAGGUUUUCAAGCCCACUAUCAUUUAAUCAAAUCACAUUCUGUCAACGCUUGCCGGCGAUUGCCAAACAGCUACGACUUUACGUAGCGUUACUACAGCUUCACUUUCCAAUUUACCAAAUUAACCCCACCUCUUUCUCUAUAUAAGGUGGUGUUACUAGGAGCUUAAAAAUUCAAACACACCUCACCUCACCUCACCUCACCUCUCAUUUGAUCAAUUCAAUGGCCUCCCAAGACAAUGUCUCCAGGUCCGAAGCUCCAAAUGGCAGUGAUUCUCACAUUGCGCCAACGACGAAGGUUGCAUUUGUCACCGGGAUCACCGGUCAGGAUGGAUCAUACCUAACCGAGUUCCUUCUCCAAAAAGGCUACGAGGUCCACGGCCUCAUCCGACGAUCCUCAAAUUACAACACUCAGCGGAUCAACCACAUCUACGUGGAUCCCCACAAUGCCAACAAAGCUCGCAUGAAGCUCCACUACGCUGAUCUCUCUGAUGCCUCCUCCCUCCGCCGUUGGCUCGACGUCAUCAAGCCCCACGAGGUCUACAACCUUGCUGCUCAAUCCCACGUUGCUGUCUCCUUCGAGAUCCCUGACUACACCGCUGACGUCGUCGCUACCGGUGCUCUCCGCCUCCUGGAAGCUGUCAGGUCUCACAUGGCUGACACUGGCCGCACUAUCAAGUACUACCAGGCCGGAUCCUCCGAGAUGUUCGGGUCAACUCCUCCUCCGCAGUCUGAAACGACGCCGUUUCACCCAAGAUCUCCCUAUGCUGCCUCCAAGUGUGCAGCUCACUGGUACACCGUAAACUACCGAGAAGCAUACAACCUGUACGCCUGCAACGGGAUCCUGUUCAACCACGAGUCGCCCCGCCGAGGGGAGAACUUCGUGACAAGGAAAAUAACCAGGGCCUUGGGGAGGAUCAAGGUCGGACUUCAGACCAAGCUCUUCUUGGGGAACAUACAGGCGUCGAGGGACUGGGGGUUCGCGGGGGACUACGUGGAAGCCAUGUGGCUGAUGCUGCAGCAGGAGAAACCAGAUGACUACGUGGUGGCGACUGAGGAGUCGCACACCGUGGAGGAGUUUCUGGAGGUGUCCUUCGGGUACCUCGGGCUCAACUGGAAAGACCACGUGGAGAUCGAUAAGAGGUACUUCAGGCCGACGGAGGUUGAUAAUCUGAAAGGAGAUGCGAGCAAGGCGAAGGAGGGGUUGAAGUGGAAGCCCAAAGUGGGGUUCGUGCAGCUGGUGAAGAUGAUGGUGGACGAAGAUCUGGAGACGGCUAAGAGGGAGAAAGUGCUCGUUGAUGCUGGCUACAUUGACGCUCAGCAGCAACCUUAAAACUC